AUGUGGUCUGUGCAUGGCAUAGACAAUUUGCCGUUUUUGAGGUCAACACCACGACCCACUGUAUCUUCACAUCGCCAACCUAGGUACACACAACGGAAUUACGGACAGCAAACAUCCUCCCCGCAGCCCCGAUCAUGUUCCGGCGUACCCUUCGGCGGCUUGCUCCGCCACUAGCCAACAAACCCCUUCCCAAUUUUGAGAAUUAUCCGAUAUCAGCACCAACUCCUGGCGCCGAGCUCUCACCGCAGGCACUGCAGGCCUUCAAGCCAAGCAAAAGGGUCGCGAAGUUUGCAGCCGACUUGGAAAUAUCGUUCCCGUUCGCGCUGCGUCUAAUGCCCGGUCAGAAAUUCCAGGACUUUCCCAUACGCGUAUCCAUUGCUCCGCGCAAUGUCUUUUCCAUGUACCACCUCAAGUACCUCGGCCAGUUCGAGCACCCUCUCAUCACCAAAGUGCUGCACACCUACGCGCAAGAUAAGAAGACGAAACCGCUGUGGUGUUAUGUCCAAGGUUUCUCGACGGCGGACAGUAGCAACGCCGUGGUACGCCAGACGAGCGAGCGGGUAGUCAGGGCGGCGCUCUUCCGCGCUCUCAACGCGGCUGGCUACGACUCGUCCGGCAAGAGUCUGGACGGGUCCAAGAAAGAGCUUCGGGGAAGCAUCCGCGUUGCCGUGGCGAAGCCCAAAGCUGUCAUGAAGAUUGAGUUUGACCAGCUACUCCGCUACUUAACCGGACUCGUGGCCAACGCUAUUCCCCGUCUCAAUGGUUCUUCUCCGGGGCCAUCUCAGCGCCCCGGUAAACCUCGAAAUUUCGGGGGCUAGCUUGCAUGCCUCGGCCCUGAGCUGGUCAUUUUACCCACCUAAACCCCCGGGUUGCAGCGGAGUUGCUCAUCACCGUGUCGUCGGCUUUCACGCCGUCAUCGACCUGAACGGAAACGGGUCUUAAGGUGGUGGCACUUCAACAUGAGCCGCCAAACCGCUUUUCGUUGGAGGGGUUUCGAACCCACGUCCUUUGCCUAUCCCAACGCGGCCCAGUGAUGAUGGAGAUACAAACGCUGGACCAAUAUUUUACCAGCACCGCGGACCCUAAGA